UAUUUUAUAUAGGUUGUAAAUUGUUGUUUAAGUAGGAAGGCCCCUAGGUAGCUAUUCUGCCUACCUCGCUACCUACAGCAUUUGCUUAGUGUCAAUAACAUCUUUCUGUCGAGGGGCUUCCCCGCUAUUUUUCUGCGUUUUGCAAUUGAUUAGGAUAUUGCGUCAUGAUUAAAUGUUUUUAAUUAUGGUCAGACAUGUGCACAAUGUAUUCAGUACGCGUUCAUUAUUUGUAGUGAACGAAAGUGAAGGCAACUUUAGAUAUAAAGAAGCUUGAUGACUAGUUUGUAUCUAGUGAUUUGUUCUACAUAAUCUGGGUUCUUUGAGGAAUUACAAUAGUAAAUUAAGUAAGUUACUUACAUAAUUACAUAACCUAAAAUGUCGGAGGGAAAUGGUGUUACAGAGCAAAAGUUGAAAAAUACCAAUGGCACAAGACCAAAAUGUUUGCCUGAAUCAAAUAGCUAUAGAAAUGAAUUUUACAACAUGAAUCAUAAAUACCGGGGAAAGGCCAUUAUUUUUAAUCAUGAACAUUUUGAAAUUGAUCUCAAGCCAAGACCUGGUACUGGAAAAGACUGUGAAAAUCUAGAAAAAUGCUUGAAGGACUUGGGAUUUAGUGUAGAUGUGUUAAGCAAUCCAAAAUAUGGAGAAAUUAUGUACCAUAUUAAGAAAACGGCGUCGAUGAAUCACUCUAAAAAUGACUGUCUACUAAUCGUGGCGUUAACUCACGGAACGAAUGGAAUGUUGUAUGCAAAAGACACACAUUACAGACCAGAAAAAUUGUGGAAUCUAUUUACCGAAGAAAACUGUCCAACAUUAGCCGGCAAACCAAAAUUAUUUGUGUUCCAAGCUUGUCAGGGUGAAGAAUAUGAUGACGGCAUUACGUUAACAAAGAACAUUGAGACAGAUGGAUGGUUCGAACCCAAUCGAAACCCCACUCAUCCCGACUUCCUCGUGGCAAAAUCAAGCGUGCCUGGCUAUUACUCUUGGAGAAAUAGUACUCGAGGUUCCUAUUUCAUUACAGCGUUAUGUGAAGAAUUAUACUUCUCAGGAAAAACAACUGAUAUUUUGACAUUGCUAACAUUUGUUUGUCAAAAGGUUGCUCUUAAUUUUGAAUCAAGUACGGACGAAGACAUCAGCAAUGAAAAAAAGCAAGUGCCGUGUAUUUCGAGUAUGCUAACACGUCGCCUGGUGUUUUCUGAAAAACCGGAUAGGUCAAAAGAUAUGAAUUCAUUUGUUAAAUGUUUUGAGGAUAAUUGUCUUUGUUAAAUAUUUUAAUAAAGUCGCAAUAUUUACAUUUUAAUUAUGAUACCUAUCUUAAUUUCAACCAAUCGCAAUUCCUGUAAUCUAUUGACUGUGAAUAAAUAUUAUUCUACAGCUUUA